AUGUCUCUUUUCAGGUCUGAUCCGGAAACUGAUUGAAGAUGUCGAGCAAAACGACCAACACCAAUAGCGUGGCUCAGGCCCGGCGGACUGUCCAGCAGCUGAGAUUAGAAGCAUCCAUAGAGAGGAUCAAGGUUUCCAAGGCCUCUGCGGAUCUCAUGUCCUACUGCGAGGAACAUGCCAGGGGUGACCCUUUGCUCAUGGGAAUCCCGACUUCAGAAAAUCCCUUCAAGGAUAAAAAAACUUGCAUCAUAUUAUAGUGGGUUGGGGAGCCCCAUGGGUGCCGCCCCUCCAUGAUCUAAGCAGCUCCAUGAAGAAACGUACCUUCCGCUCACUUGGUAACCACUGCUAAAAAACGAAAAUGCUUUUAACUUGUAAAAAAAAAAAAAAAACAACCCCCCCCCCCAAUGAGUUUUAAAGCCUUUGUUUUAAAGUCUCCCUCUCUUUAGAGUGUACCCUUUAUGACAUGAAUGAGAGUCGUCGACUUAUUCUUGGUUUCCAGUUGAAAUGAUUCAAGGUGGUUAUUCUCUUGGGUUGGCUUCACGCUGAAGGAAUGCUGGUUUGGGUUGGUUUCUAUGUCAAUUCCUGGCCCGUGCUCUAUUUUUUUGAUUUGAGGGAAGACCAAAGUUGCCUCCUCCUCUUUCCAGAUCCGCCAGGCCCGUGAAGCCCCGGGGCCCUCGGCAAAUCCAAUCUCUAAAAUGCUUAACUUCUCAGCAUCCUUAAUCUGGUUGGUGCCUCUCAACAUACACUAUACAAGUGACGCAUGUGUUUGGCGUGUAUAUAUGAUUUUGUAUAUAUACAUUUCAAAGUGCAUCUUUUCUAGUUCGAAAACGUCUUUCCCGGUCUACCGCAGCCCCCCCUGCACGCUAGCCCACUCCCUCGAAUUCUGCCUCUGUUUCCAGUUGUGCGCAAAGCGGCCACAACUGCAUUUGCCAAUGACUUCUGGGUUCAAAGGGCGGCCCGCCCCCCCGAGUCGUUCUCACGAUACCAAAUUCGAGUCAUUUUAUCCUCAUCGUCAUCUCUCCCUUUCGUUUGCUUCUCUGGUCCUCACGGCCUAAAUACAAACGGUGCCAAUUUAAGAGAGAGCAAAACAAAAACCCUCUUGUAAUUUGAGGUGCUACGCUGUGAGGGCCCCCUUUGCUUUUAUGGUCUCCGCACAGUCAGGAUACAGAAUCACACAAAAUCCCCGACCUGGAUCGUAGUCCACCCCGUGCCUCUUUGUAGCCUCCCUCCUGACGAGCGGCCAUCCAUCCAGGCGAGUGAAAACUCCGGACGCCUUCUCAGAAGAAUUCUUUUUUAAUACAUAAAAUAAAAUACUUAAGAGGAAACCAGUGAUCCCCAAUUCCAGCUAUCAGAAUAUCCCCCCAAAAAUGCUAGUCAAGAAUCCCUGAUCUAAUCCCCCCCAUACCUGAAAAAGAACCCCGUUACGGCCAUCUACCCUCCGUUUAAGACCUCCAGGAGAGGUGAACUCGCUGCCGCCCAAGGCAGCCCAUUCCCCUUCGGGGUUACUCUGAGGGUUAGGAGAUCUCUCCGAACCUCAGACCUAAAUUUGCCUUUGAAUUCAGCCCUCCACAGCCAAGCAGAAAAAGUAUGAUCAGGAGAUGACGAGAAGAGGGAGCUUCCAUGAAGAGAGCCUGGUUCUCUCCACAGAGAAGGGAAUAUCUAUUCUAGCCUGCUAGAUUGGGGGCAGCCCCUCUUCUUUCCCCCUCCUCCUCCUCCAACUUGCCCUCCUUGCCCAAAUCUCACCUCGCAGAGGGGUUUGCUUCAUCCUCUCGCCCAAUCCCAGGUCGAUAGGUGGGUGAGGACAUUUGUCCAGAAGGAGCCAAAAAGGUCCAGGAUGCUUGGGGAUGUUCCACUUCUUAGCCCGUCACCAGCCAGCCUACCCUGUCCAGCCUCUUCUUGGAAGCAAGAAUGGGCAGUGCAAUAGAACCUAAAAAAGAACUCAUCUUCUCACUCCCCCUCUAGGUUAUUCCAUAGCCACCAUCCCUUUUCAUAGGUUUUACUGCUGAAUUUAGACGGGUCCAUAAUCUGGUCAAGAGGGGCCUUUUUUCUGACAGACACAGAACUUAAACUGACCACACUAGACGUUUUCGAAUUAAAAUUACUCCACUUCCAUUUAUUAACCCCAGUGCCCUCAUCUGUAAAAUGGGGAUGCUGACGCCGACACUGUCCCCUCCCAGGGUCACUGUGGGGAGACUUGGAGGCGUUCUAGAAAUUUGAGUCCUUAGGGAUGUUCAUUACAAAUCAAAGUUGCCAAAAAAUCUCUGCAAAAAGAAGCAUCCACGGGAAUUCUCUCCAGAGCUUCUUCUCAUAGAUCCUGCAUGCCAUUCUUGAAGAUGCCCCCCCCUCCCCCUUUGGAGAUCUUUUUGUUUCUGUUUCGGGUCUUGUGAUGCCUUGGGGAAAAAACCAUUCAACUCGGUAUCCCUAGUGGCCACCAGAUAGAUUCUCCUCUUCUUUUCUCUGUGGCUCCUAUUUCCGAGGGGGCGAGUCCUUGCCCUUCCGUGGCUGGGCUUCCCCCUUACUCUUCCCAAUUGAUUUGUAAACUGCUGUUCAGGGCUGGCAUUUGUCCCCUCCCCGAGUGAAAGACAGACCUCGACUCCCCUAUGUUCAAAGCAGAAAUGUCGCCCCGCCCUUCCGAAACGUUAACUCGGAGACAUCGAUGACAAACAACGUUCCCGACGUCCCGGCUGCCUCCUCACACUCGCAUCCUUUUUUUCAAUGAUUCUAUUUUUCUAAUGACCAUUUCAAAAUAUUCAUCUGUCUUUUCCAUUCUGAUUUUUAGCCACGUGUCAUUAAUCACGUAGAACGCAGCUUGUUGGAAAAAUAUCUUAAGGCAGUUAACUGGAAUACGCUUGACUUCAUAGGGUCGCCAUUUCGGGCAGUCGCCCUUUAUUCGGUAGUGUUAAACAGACCCUUUUAUACAGCCCAGCUCCCUUAUUUCUAGUAAAUGCCGAGGCACGGCCCCUCUGCCCUGGUCCAGCUGUUCCUUCCACUGGCCUGUUAGAGACCAUCAGAGGCCUUCAAAUGUGGGAAAUCCUCCCCAACCAGCAGUGAAAGCAAAAUGGCCCCAAGUCUAGAACUUUGGCUUCUGGACCAAGACAGAGUGAGAAACAGAGUGUUGAUGUACCUAGAACCCAAAAGAUUAUACGAGAGAAAAGAUAAUAUAUAUGUAUAUGUUAAACAGAAGUACAGAAGUCACUUUUAUUUAACCGGCUUGAUUCCCCGUGUAAGGUUCGGGGCUCUGGUAGCAGCUGCUCUGAUGAUUUGGGGCACGUGCCUGGGUGUAGAAAUUUUUUCAGCUACCACUGAAAUGUCCAUAGAGCUACCCAUCCACAUCCGUGUAUAUAUAUAAACUGUGUCCCUCUGCCUUUAUUCCCGCAGAAGUUCCUACAACGUGGGUUCAGUGUAUGUACUUUGACGGUAGUUUUGCAAUAGGCUGUUUUUCUUGGUUCCUCCCCAUCCCUCCAUUUUUCCAGCCCGUCCGUACAGUUUUUAUUUCAUCUCGAGGUCUCCGUGCCGUGACCACAUACAAAAUCGAACUUACUGGUCCCAAAAUCUUUUACAGAAACACCUUUUGAUCGGGGGAAAGCUUUUCUGUACCAGAUAAUCAGUUCUACCCAAUACUACGUAGUUUCUGCUCGCUGCUCCUUUUUCCUGUGAAUCUGGUUCAAACAUUCCCUGGGCUAAUCAAAAUCGAAAGUGCCAUAUUCGCCUUUUCCAGAAAAGGUCUGGUGUUUGCUUUCAGCCCAACGGAGACAAUUUUUAUACUUUUUUCAUCGGUCAACCACCAGGAGAAAAAAUGUAUACCAAUACUUUAGUGUAUAUAAAUGUGCAGAUGUUUUAACAGACACCUAAAGGCUUAGGGAAAUGCAGAGGCAUCUUGAAAUCUGAGGCCGAGGCUAGACUAACAAACAGUGGAGGAUGUGUUAAGCUGUCUUCUCAGUUCUCUUUUAGCUAACUUAGGAAAAAUGGCAUUAGCGAUCUGGCUCCCCCAAACCGAUUUUCCGUUUUAAGUCUGCAUUUGAAAAGACGCCCAGGCUGAGGAAACAAAUUCCCCGCUGUCUACCCGCCCCCCAACCCAAAAAAUGACCAUCCAAUGGGGCAGAUCGAUUUCUAAGAAAUCGAAUUAGAAUCCUCAUGAGGAAACGGAGAUGGAGAUCCACCGUUCCCACUUUAUUGGCAGUGGUACAGAAAUGAGGGAAGGGAUCCCCUUCUCCAAAUCACCAAAUCCCAAAGUUGGCAAUGACCCUGGGGGCGUCUCGUCCAACCCUUCCGGCCGGACGCCAUCCCCGAUAGCUAAGUGGUCAUCUAGACGUCGCUUGAAGACCUUCAGGGGGGCAGAACCCACUGACUUGCAAGGCAGACCAUUCUCCUUCUAGAUGGUAUAAUUGUUUGGAAGACUUUCCCGACCUCAGACCUCAAUCGGCCUAUUUGCAUCCAAAAUUAUUAUUUCUUUCCUUGCCCUCUAGGGCCAAACCAAGUCAAUCUAAACUCUGAUCCUUCCCGGGUCUUCUCUUCUCCAACCCAAGGUCCUUUGGUCCAUCCUCAGAAUACCCAAACUCAAAGAUAAAUAUCUCGGCUACCCUCCCCUGGACGUUCCCUGAAAUGCUGUUUUCCGGUACUGUCCAUGUACUGGAGUUCCAAAAGUUUCUUGUAAUGGAAGGAAUAUUGACCUGGGACUGCCCACCUUUGGGCGACCCACUUUCCUGCUCUUGCCCUUCCUUAGUUUCCUGGUCGAAGCGAUGACAGUUGAACCAGAUGACUUCCGGUCAUUCCAACUGGAACACUCCAUUGUCCAAUGAUCCUUCCUUCCCCCACCAUCUUAGUGCUGUAGGAAUUGCUGUCUCCGAUAUCUCGAUGUUGCUCCUUCUCUCAUGUGUCCCGAGCUAACAGCCUUUGAGAGUGUUUGUUCUUGGAUUCUUUUCCCACAAUUGGAAAAACUACCCUCGUCCCUUCCUCGCGUGGUGAUGACGGUGUUUUGUUUUCUCCCGAUUUGAUGAACUCGGUGACUUUCUCGAUGUUCUUUGUAUUGUUCAUGUAACUCCCUCCCCGUGUCCUUUGGGUGUCCCUGGCAAUCUGCCUUGGAUUUCCAGGCGAUUCCGCCCUAGCUGUCUUAGAACAACCUUCUUUGGCUACCUGUGUGUUCUGUGUUGUAGUUAACCUUGACACUGUGAUCAUCGUUUGAAAGACUGUAAAAGAUGGAAGCAUUUCUUUCCCAGCUCAUAUGUUCAAUAGCACGGAUACAAAUCAAAUGAAUUAAAAACAUCAUGGCUUUCUAUACUGA